AUGUUUAUUUCCAUUCUUCUUGCUGCAUAUGGAGUCUUGUGCAAUUCUGCAAAUGAACAAGAAGAAUCUCACUCCCCCAAUCAGUAAGAAAAUUUAUAUUAAUUUUUGCUGGAUUAUAGCUUGCAAACCAUACAAAAAUUAAUACUAAAAUUAAUUCAUUAUCAAAAAAAUCCAAGAUUUUGUUUAUUAUGAAUUUGAGAGUCAUAUUUUCCCUGAUCUGAUCAGAUCUAAUUGACAUGAUCAAACAGAUCAUAUUUACCUUGAAUUAGUAGAAGAGACUAUCCGAUAUGAUGAAGUCUUCGAAGAUAAAUACAAUUACUACAAAUGAACCUUUAAUCCAAGCCAAGAGAAAAUUGAUGUCACGAUUGCUUUAACUUCUUUUACAGGUGACCCAGAUCUCUAUAUAAGCAUAGGGAACCCAGAUUUAUCAAAAGACCGCUAUGACGAAAGAAGCAUCUCUUUUGGCUCUGAUUCUAUUGUGUUAAGAUUAAUAUUAAAUGGCUUAAAGUCUUCCAGAUUUGAUCCCUCCCCACGCAAGCGACCACUAGAACCUGCUCGCCGGAGGUAAUUCAGUUGCCUGAACCCUGUCUCUAAUGGUCUACUAGUAAGAUCUAGGGCCUGCGCCGAUAUCCCUGAGUGCCAACGGGCUAGAAAAGACUCCUAUUGUGUUUGGAGACGUCUUGCGGCUGCUAUGGAGGUAAAGAUUAGCCCGAUGCCUCCUGUUAGCCACCCUGAGGUCAGGUGAAAGUCAAGAAAAAAGGUCUACGGCCCUCAGAAACCGGUAGGGAAAAGGGCCCGUCGCCAAAAACCAUCCGGGUAAUUGAUACUCGACUGAAAUGGUCACCAGCUGGCUCCCAAGAUUAUCCACCCCAUACGGCGGCGCUAGGCUCGCUAAAGGUUAGAGCUAAAGGGCCUGGACCUUGGUUUAGGCUAUAAAACCAUUUGGUGCCCAAAGUGGAGCGACCUCCGUAAGGACAUAUUUCGUCGCCACCGUAUUAAUUAUUCCCAUUGUUUUAGGAUGGGAAAAUUUAAAAACCAAAUGCAAAACAGACUGUCUUAUCUAUAUUGCAGUUUACGGCCAUCAGAGCUCAAAAUAUUCAAUUUUGGUAUCAACCUCUAAAUAUAGCCCAAUACUGCUUAGCAAUGGAGUGGCUCAAAAUAGUCAGAUGUCAUCAAAACAAAUUGCUUAUUACUAUUCCACUAUUGAAAAAACCAAACCUUUAUAUGUUAGCUUACUCUCACUCCAAGGGGAUGCAGACUUAUAUUUAAGAUUAAUAGAUAUGGGAAAAGAAGGUGAGCUACCUUCAGAAUGGGAAAAAGUUAAUCAAACACACCAUGACUGGUCUUCCUUGUCAGCACUUAUAGAAGACAGAAUUUAUGCAACUCCAGAAAUGAUAAAUUCCCGUUGCAAAGGUGAAAAAUGCGCAUUUCUAGCUGGGCUGUUAUGCUAUGGAGAUCUUUGUGAGUACCAAGUCUCUUAUAUGCAGAUUUUUUCACAAGUUUUAUUAGACAGCCAGCCAACACAAGGAUUUAUAGAUGCUAAUAGACGCGCAAGCUAUUACACUUUUGAAUCCCUUGACAAUUUUAUAAGCUUGACUAUUAGUUUGACGCUUUUUUCUGGGAAAUUGGCAGAAAUGGAUGUAUCAUUUGAUAGUCCUACAGUUGCAAAUGCGAGUCAGUGGUAUAGUGUUGGACUCCUUAUUGAUUUCUGAGGAAAAAAUACCCUUAAAGCCAGCAUUUUUUGAUAUUUUAAAAUAUUCUGAAAUGCCAAAUAGGAAAUUUAAGAUGAAAUUCUUAAAUUUCGAGGUUUUCUUAGAAUUUAAAAUUAAUUUUUUUUUAAUAGUCAUUAUCCUUGAAGAUCUAUAAAGUGGUGCACACUAUAUUUGAAUUCGCGUGACACAAAGCCUUUGAUUAUAAAUUCUGCUGAUAAAUAUUUUAAGGAUGAUAAGUCAAUGAAAGGGAUUUUUUAUAUAGGAGUCCGCUGUAGCGGUUUGGCAGGCAUUUCUUGGAUACUAUUUGGUUGAUUUUUAGAAACUACUUAAUAAUAUUAUUGUUUUGCAAAGUAAUACCUUAUGUGAAAAUUUUGAAAAACAGUAUCAGAAACAUCAUAUAUAUUUAAAAUGGCAGAUGAGAGCCCGCUUUAACUCCUGUAGCUGAUCCCACGUCGAAGGGGUGCAGGGACCUUGAGGAAGGGAUUUUGCCUACCUUAUAUAAGAGCAAUUUAGUAUUAGCUGACAGCAUUCUUACUCACAUUUAGCCCUCAUCGGCAGGAGUACCUUUGCGAUGUCGUGAAACGCGAACUAGCGAUAAGGCCAUUGUAUGAUAGAGAUAGUAUUUGGAAUUUAUCGUAAUUAAGUAUCAAAGAAAUCUCUGCCAAUGGAAAUAUAACUAGCUUCACUAUUUACGAGGGAGCAAAAUUGUUUUACUUGUUUUGGGUGAGGGUUAAUUUUUAUUUUAAUAAAUGCUAAUAGUAUUUUUUGAAAUUUAAAAAAUCGCCGUAAAAAUUAAUUUCAUAUGUAAAGAAUUUAUGUUUAUAAUGCAAUCUGUUAGAAUUAAUAGCUAGUGAUCUAAUUUAAUUAAAAUAUUUUUAUAGAAAAUAAUUAUAUUAAAAAAAUUUUUUGAUGGAUGUGUGUUUUCCCAAAACAUUAGGAAUUUACAAAUGGUUAGCUCUUUCAGAAGGGGAGUGAGUAAAAAUCAUGGAGUCCGCUGUGAAGCUAGCUGUGAAUACUCAGUUUUUGCGACUACAAAGAUAAACCCUAUUGUUCCCUUAUUAGAAGGACAGCCACAAAGUGGAUAUAUUCUUCCAAAAACUCCUGGGUAUUUUUCAUUCCACAAUACACUAGAUACAGAUAUUACUUUUAGGCUGUCAAUUGUAGCUGGAUCUGCGUUUAUAGUGAUAAACACAUGUGAAGUUAAUACAGAAAAUUACAAUGACUGCUUGCCAACUUUACAUUCUUUUAAAUGGUCUUCUUUAGGCAAUUAUGAUGCUUCUUUUCUUACAGUUUCUCAUAGUGACCCUUUAUAUUGCCAAGAUUGUAUUUAUGCAAUUGGAAUUUUUUCUCAAGGCGCUUCUUGCUCAUUUUAUAUAAAUGCUAAAAAUCAAUAUAUUGCAAGCACUCAAAUAGAGCUUUAUAGGAAAAUUUUUAAAAGGAAAAAUGGUUUAAAAAAAUAGUUAUUUUUAAGCAAUAUAAAAAUGAUUGUUUUUUUAUGGAGAUAUUUUUCUCUAACUCCCCCCCCCCCUCCGUGAGCGAACAAAACCAUUAGAAAAAUCGCCAUUUUUUGACCCAAAAACCCACCCUCCGUGAGUGAACAAAAAUUUUUUUAAUAGAAAAAAUUUUAAUGGAAAAAAAUUUUGAUAUAUAAGUGAUAAUUAGUAUAAUGAAAUCUAGAGCUAAUUCUGUUUAAUUUUAAACAAAUUGCGUUUUAAAAACAUAAAUUUUGCAAAUUAAAUUAAUAUUUGCUUCCCAAUUUUUGCAAAUUAGGAUUUUUUUAAAUUUCGAAAAAAAUAUUUUUUAUAAAAUUUAUAUAUAAAUUUUUUUUUAAAAAAAAAAAUUAACCCCCCUCCGUGAGCGAACAAAAUUUUUUUGUUCGCUCACGGAGGGGGGGGGGAGUAAGACUCUAAAAGGGGAUAUACACUAUAUUAUAAUGAAAUCGUUGAAAAUGGAGUAAUAUCCAAAUGAUAUCUAGAGAGAAAUCAGUGGGAAUAUUACAUGUUUAUCGUCGAAGAAAAAAGUGAUCUAGAAUUCCAAGCAAGCACUGAAUAUGGCAAAAUCAUGAUAUUAGUAGGAAAGAAAUUGCCAAUAACUUUAAAUAACUAUCAAUGGAAAAGUACAGCAAAAGAAAAUACUGAAAUUGUGAGGAUAUAUCCCUUGAAUUAUUUUAGAAUAUUAUUGACCAUAGUUUUAAUUUUUAAAAUUAAUGUAUGCUUGCCAGCUUUUUUGAAAAGUAAAAACAUAAAUGAAAAAUCUCCAUUUUAUUGGUUAAUAUGCUCAAUUAAACUUAGAUUGUAUAAGGCAGAUGCUCUACGCCAUAUUUUUCUGGUCGGUAUUCUGCUGGGGUAUAGCAAUCUAUUAUUGUGCAUAAAUUAUACCAAAAAAUGACAAGGAAAAUAGUGAUGGGACUUUUUAUAUAGGAAUUUUGGCGAGUGAAGUAUCGAAAUUUUCUUUUGUAGCUUUUGCGAAAAAUUCAGUAAUUUAUCUGACUGGGCAAUAUAUUCAGACUUUUUCUCUAGAAGAAAAUGAAUUAAAAUUCUCCUUUGGGGUUGACCUUUUGGAUUUAUUCUAUUUAUAAUAAAUAAUCUCAUAAUUUAUGGGAAAAUAUGUAAUCAUGCUAUAAAAUAAUCUUAUUAAAUUAUAGAAAAAUGCAUAAAUAUAUAUCCAUUAUUUUGUUCUUUAACUACAUUUUCUGAUGAUUUCAAGCCUGCUGUUUACAUAAAUUUCGAGGAGCAAAACAAAGUUAUUGACUUUCCUACACAAAAUCGUGCAGAAAUUUCUUAUGAUUCUGAUAGCAACUAUGACUUGAUUUAUAACUCAUUGGACUUUUUCUUACCUCAAGAUAAGGCAGGGAGAUAUUUAUUUCUUAUAAGUUCAGGCUCUCAUUACCAGCCGAAGCCUUAUUUUUCGUUUUUCUGCACUUCUCCUUAUGAUAUACUUGAGCUGUCCCAAAAUUCCCAGCACAUCCAUCGCACAGAGUCAGAUUUUUCGCCAGCGAAUUUUUAUAUCCACAUUCCAAAUUUAUAUAAAAAUGCCUUAAUUUUCCCAUUAAUUAAAAAUUUUAAAUUUACCUAGCUAACUAUAGCCAACACCUAUAUCUAUUUUAAACAUUUAUAUAAUCCCAUGCUUAGGGGACGCCAAGCUCCAAGUGUCAGAAAUUUACAAUAAUUUUGAAUCGUCCCUCCCUGACCUAGAAGUCAUCAAUUUUACUAGCGGGAUGAUUCUUGGUACCAUUCGGUCAGCUAAAGGAGGCUAUUUCUUGCGUAUUUCUUCUAUGAGUAACGGAGAAUCAAGCCAUGGCAACUCUUUCCAAAUUAUCACAGAAACAUUAAGACCUAACGAGAAAUCUCCUAAAAGAUUGAAACCAGGGAAAAUUUAUUAUGAAAAAGAAGACAAAAAGUCUUACAGGAUUUUGUUUGAAGAGGUAAAAUAUGAUGAUGGGUCGACUCCAGACGUCGGAGUUGAGUAUUAUUUAUAUCAGUCUUCCAGCAGUUUUGCACAUAUGGAGUCUGUGUGUGGGAUGAGGAUGGCAAAAAAGGCGACCAUAGCUCAAGAAGUCCUUUUAAAAGACAAAACGCAAGCGAUAAUCCAGACAUCAGAAGAAGCCAUUAUUAACGUGGUUGCUGUGGAUACAAGAUACCCAGAGUCAUAUUUAUCAUAUAUUCCUUACAUUCCUAUCAUCUUACCCAAAACCCAAACAAACUACAACACAUCUAACGGCAGUUGAUGGUUUUUAUUUGUUUUUAUUGCGAUCGUAAUAUUUGGGAUUCUUUCCUCAAUAUUUUAUUAUCACAAGAAGAGACAAGCAAGGCCUGACAACUUUAUGGAGCUUAGAGAAGUUAAUAGAUAA